UCGGUUGCCUUAGUGUCCGGAAUAGCUUGAGUCUGUGGCGAGCGGCCUGCCCGCACUGGGUCGGUGCUACUAUUUUAGCAGGAGUGGGACCCCUGAGGCCUCAGGAACAGGCUUUCUCUGGCCCGGGACUUCUCGGCGUUCAGCGGUUCCCCCCGUAACCGGAUACCGGUUAUUUGGACUCUGCCUCUGGCUCAGGAGUCACAGAUGCCAGGAAGUAUGGCCCCCCUCAAGAAGCCUCGAAAUACCGCCAGGGUGCCUCUGGCCUUAAACCCCCUGAAGAGCAAGGACGUGUUGGCCGUGCUGGCUGAGAGGAACCAGGCUAUAAUGCCAGUUGGGGCAUGGGUGGAACCUGCCUUGCCAGAUAGCUCGGAAGUCCCAGCAUAUACUUCAGCAUAUAUGAUUGAAGAAGAACUAAAGGAAAAGCUAAGAAAAAAACAAGAAGAUCUGAAGCAUUUUCAGAGACAAGUCAAACGCCGAGUAAAUCAGCAAAUCAGGCUGAGAAGAAAGCAGCAGUUUCAGAGAUCUUAUGAAGCAGCAGAAAAAGAAGGCUCUAUAGCCAUGCAGUCUUCAGAUCCAGCACGUUUAACUCCUAAAAGAACAAGUGUUUUUCCAGACAACUUGAAUGCUGCUAUUGGAAGUGCUGGUUUACCUCCUUCCCAGAUGCUUGGGGAUAGAAUGGAUGAUAGAGAGAAUCAGAAUGAAUUAUUGCAACAAGCCCAGGCUCUUAGUCAAACCAUGAAACAGGCCCGUCACCGGCUGGCAUCCUUUAAGACUGUGAAUAAAAAAAAUGCAUCAGUGUUUGCAGACAGUAGAAGGGAAACCUCUCCCCCACAAGAGGAACCUGACUCUGAGGAAUCUUCAUCUAUUACGACAGAUAAGGAGGCAGAAAAUUUGUUUUGGGAAGACCAGCAUUCUCUCUUUUCUGAAGACAGGAACAAACCUUUCAGCAGAGUUCAGAAAGUACAGUUCAAAAAUCCAUUAUUUGCCGUGAUGAAAAAGGAAGAACAAAAGCAAUUAGAUCUUCAGGGCCUUCAGAAUAUUCUGCCAGAAGCCCAGGAUUAUCUUCCAGAAGGCCAAGGUGAUCUGCUGGAAGCUGAGGGUGAUUUGACAGUAGUCCAGAGUGUUGAGCUAGAAGCUGAGAGUGUUGAACCAGAAGCCAAGAGUGUUGAGCCAAAGCUCAGUAUCCCAGCUAUUGAGCUGGAAAGCCAAGCUGCUGAGCCCAAAGCGCAGCCUAUUGAGCCUAAAGCCCAGGCUAUUAAGAUAAAAACUCAGGGUAUUAUGCCAGAAGCCCAGAAUAUUGAACUAGAAGAUGAGAGUAUUGUAUCUGAAGUCCAGGAUUUGCUACCCAAAGAACAGUGUGUUCUUCCCAAAGACCAGAAUAUUCUAACCAGAUGUCAGGACCAGGACUUUCUACUUAAAGACCAGGAUCUUCUACUGAAAGACCAGAAUAUUCUACCCGAAUGUCAGGACCAGCAUUUUCCACCCAAAGACCAUCAUGUGCUCCCCGAAGACCAGAAUAGUCAAUCUAAAUUUCAGGACCAGGAUUUUCUACUAAAAGACCAGCAUCAGCAUUUUCUACCCAGAGAGCAGGAAACCGGUUUGAAGCAGCCAGCAUCAAUUUUGAUAGGCCCAAGAGGGAGAGAGGCAUUUCCUCUGGAUGUCCAGCAGGAUCUUCCACCCAGGCAUCAAGAUCAGACUUCCACCAGGGACAAGAAAGUACGCUUCAAGGAGUCCUAUUCUGAUGUGUCAAGUGAAAAAGGAAGAGAAGACUGUUCUCUGGCAGGUUAUCAGUAUCUGCCUCCUAAACUCCAGGACCAGACCUUCAUCAGAGAUCAGAACAUGUGUGUCAAGCAACUUCCAUCUUUUAUGAGAGCAGAGAGAAUGAGUGAUGAAUUACCUCUGGAGUAUCCUCAGUAUGUUGAACCUAAAACCCGGGAUCGAGCUUCCCCUAGAGAACAGAGCAAGUAUAUCAAGCAACCCUCAUCUUAUGAGAAAUGGGAGAUUGAAAGAAGAGUUCCUUCUGGAGUGCCAUCAAGCUUAUACUUCAGAAGGCAGCCAUCUGUUGGGACAGCUGAAAGAUGGCGAGAGGAUUUGCUUCUGGAUGACCAUCAGCAUCUGCCGGCCAAGCACCAGAGAGAGGCUUGCAGCAAAAGACAGGUUUAUGAUGAAUAUCAAUCAAGAUCGAGCACUGAAUUUCAAAUUCCGCUGACACUCCAGUCUGGAGUAGAUCAGGAAGAAGACAAGAGAGAGCGUCAAAAGCAAUACCUGAGAUACAGACGACUUUUCAUGGAUAUUGAAAGGGAACAAGUAAAAGAACAACAAAGGCAAAAAGAACAUCAGAAGAAAGUUGAAAAAAUUAAAAAAAAGAAAGAACAGCAACGUUAUGCUGAAGAGCAGAGGAUACUAAGAAUGAACUUUCACGAAGAGCUGUAUUCAGGGGAGAAGAUGAGUGACAUAUUAGCCCAGCUGAAACUUGAGGAACUAAAAGGAGUAAGAGAAAAACAACAACAGAGAGAAAAGGAAUCCCAAAGAUAUAUGGAAGCUCUGCGAGCCCAGAUCCAGGAGAAAAUGCGGCUGUAUAAUAUUACUCUACCUCCACUGUGCUGCUGUGGUCCUGAUUUUUGGGAUGCUCAUCCUGAUACCUGCGCCAACAACUGUAUUUUCUAUAAAAACCAUAGAGCGUAUACCCGGGCACUACAUUCGGUCAUCAAUUCCUGUGAUAUCCCUGAGGGGACCUCAACUGUUCGAGUCGCCAUGCAUAAUUUGGCUUCUGUGCACAGACGGACUUUGAAAAAUCUGUAAUGAGAAUCUGAAUCCAAUUGUUAGUAUUUCAUUCUUCACUUAAAGUCAACCCUGAGAGAUUAUUUAGGAAAAGCUGUUAAAAUGUGUAAGAUGUGUAAUCUGGAAAGAAGGACUGUAUCAACAAGACAACCAUCUCUAUAAUUAGAUCAUAAACAUUGUUUCAGCCUCUGCCUGGGACUGAAAUUGAAAGUCAACCUCCAAACUGGUGUUUUUGCUGUGAACUGUAGAGAGUCUAUUGUUUUAAAAAUGAUCACUCAGACCAGUAAGGUUUUUUUUACUUAGCGCUGCUCUGAUCAGAAGAGAUCAUGAGAAAUCUUUGAGAUUAUCUCAUUUAUUGUCUUUCUUAAAGUGUAUCUUUGAAUCUUGACAAGAUUGAAAAUGUCUAGAUAAAGCUGAAAAGAAGAUGAUAUGAGUUUCUAAGUAUCAGUGACCAUCUGUAUUGCCGAUAGCGUUACUAGUUGUGUAUAACAAUUAGAGGUGAGAAGAAUCUGAAUUUGAUGCAUAUUUUUUUCUCAAGAUUUUUCUCUACUGGUUUUUUAACUUAUUACCUCUUUCCCCAUUCAGUGACAUUGGACUUAGGACUUUAUAAUUUUAUAAUUUUGUAUUGCAAAAAUAAGGUGAAUAAACCCUCUGUCUUUUGAGCAUCUUGUAGGUGAAAUCAUUGUGAGUGACUUUUCAAAAAGUAAACUUGAAGUCAAAGUGAGUAAUCAAGUCCUGCUUUAUUUAUCCCUGUCUUUUAAGAAUCUGGUGAAUGGCAUAGCUACAAAACAGAUGAAAUAAAAAUUUCUGUAGUUAGUA